AUGAUGACAUCACAAAAUAUGGGGUCUCCACAGUCUGGUAAUCUGAUCCUGUUCAAUCCUCCAGCCUCAAUCACCUCACCUCCGCUACCCCCUAGAGAGCUUCCGAAACCCAUUAUAACGACUCAUUUCGAAGAUGACUCUGUCGAGAUCAAUGAGGACUCUAUACUAUCGUACGAGUGUCCCAGACCCAUGGGACCUAAGCAAUUGUCAACAGACCAUGAAUACUUCACAACCGAUAUGUCCCAACAAGAUCACAAUUUACAACCCUCCUCUGCAAAUCCAUCGACGAAUGAUGAAUUGUUUCUGGCUUCUCCAGGCACACAGAACAGCUUCCCGACAUCUCCUAGCCUAUCCACAAUGGAACUGUCCCGACGAAAGUCUUUUUCGAAACGAAGAUUUCAGAACCUACUGCAAGGUGGAACAUCACCAUUUAGUCCCCCAGAAAUGAUAAACACUAUUCGAUAUGAACAAGAACAAAUGGCGUCAUUGCAGAUACCUCCGAGACCGAAAGGCUCGGUUGCAGGGCCAGACCUCGGGACUUCUCCGCCAUACCCAAUAGAUAAUGACAUCUUGAUUGACCUGGACGAUAAUCAAAGUAUUUUUAAUUCUCACGAUGAACCAAACAAGUCUACUCCCUCACGCAUUCCAACGCUUCUUGGCGAGAACUUGCUGCCAACAUCACCACUGAGAGUCAAUUUUAUUACAUCAUCAACAUACCACAAUGACAUUGCUCAUAGCUCGCCCCCAAUAGAGUACAGACCGGCACAAUUCGAAUCUCGAUAUGGCCCCUAUGAGCUGCCAUCGGGAUCACCACUUAGAUCCCCAGGCUAUCCAUCAAGAAGAUCGUCUUACUUUGCAGACUACAGUCGCUCGCCGUCUCCUACCAAGGGCAGUGGAAAACAGCAAUGGUAUGUUGGAGACCAAUCUUUUCAGAGCAAUGAUACGACAUACGACGAAGCCGAAGAAUCACCCGAGGAACGUAUUCCCCGCUGGAGUUUACUUGAGACGGACCAGUCAGAAUUCUACGAUGAAAUGGACCCUUAUCCUUCUUCGGUAAACAAAUUCGACUAUUCCGUUUUACCGGAGCUUCCCUCUACCCAUGAUCAAUAUGAAACACUGGAGGUGAUCACGUCGGACAUUCUUAAUGAAAUACCGAGAGGAAUGGUGUCUGUAAAGAGGAAACAUGAUUCAUUACCUCCUGUGCCAUUAGAUCUUCCAAGACUACCGUUUUCAUCAUCCUCAUUAAACUCUCAACAUUUUGCGGCAUGCUCAAGCGUUUGGUCAUUGAAGGAAGUAUUCAAUUGGUGCCUAAAGCUCAAAUGUUGGCUACAUGACUCGUCAAUUUCGGAAGUGGAGUUGAAGAAAGCUUUAGUAAAGCUUGUCAUAUUUCACAAAAGGAAUGUUGCAGUUGACAUCAUCAAUCGAAAUGUCACUCAUAUGCUCCAGUCGUUGACACAAGCAAACGCAAUGGAAGUUGAGACAGUGGCUGAAAGUGGUGGAGGUGAAAUUUGUCAUGUUAACUUCUUUGAAAACGUAGAAGUCAACGCAGUUUUUGUUGAAUUGACAGACUGCUACGGCUUCGACAAGGAUCAUCAAUGGGAAGAGAAGUCUGACAAUCUCUUAUCUUGUUAUUCAUCCAAGUGUCACAUUAAUGCUUGGAUAGAACACAAAAAUAGGAUGGAGUCUACGAACAUGGAGGACUUUGAACUUGGUCCCGAUUGGGCUUCCCAUUGGCAGUUGACAGCUCUUGAUAUGGACCUAGAUCCACAAAUCACGAAACGACAAUCUUUCUUGUUCGACCUCAUUAAGUUUGAGCAAAAAUUCAUCCAAAGGGCAGAAUGCUUUGUAAACAUUGUCGGUCCAGACUUUAUAAGGACCGCUACUGCUGCUGCAAGCUCGUCAAUUGUCACGUCCUUGAGCAAGUUUAGAGAUGACGUCUUGACACCUGCAAAAGAACUACUUGAAAUUCAUAAGAGUGUUUUAAUGGAACCUCUAUUGAAAGUUCUCAUACGAGAGGGCAGAUUGAUCACAGACGUUGUCAGCAUAGCGAACUUUUAUAGCACAUGGUCGAAAUCAUCCAGAGAUGCUUUGUUGCGUUACAUGGGUGUCGUUCCCAUGAUCGAAGAUAUUUUGCAAAAUCAUAUUUUAAAAAAAUGGGAUGAGAGUCUACGCACGAAUCCAACAGUGAAAGAACUCCAAGUAAAUGGAAACAUGCUUUUAUUGAGCACUUUCAACUCGAGAUACCAACAGCUUCCUUUACAGCUAUCAGAUAUUCGAAAAACUUACAAUGCCACCGAUUCAGAAUUUAAGGAAUUAACGAACACGAUCGAAAACAUCAAGAAAUUAGGCAGUAAGGUCAACGCGAUGAAAGUGCACGCUGAUAAUAUCCAUGCACUCAGAAGAAUUGAGAAGCAGUUGACCUGGAAGUCUAAUGUUGUGCAGCCAAAGUUGAAUCUUCAUUCGAAACUGAGAAAGUUCUUCUAUCGCGGUAACCUCACCAGGAAAGGUGAUUUGAAAAUUAACACUCAUGCUGUUCACCUCAUUGUUCUUGACAAUUACAUUUUGUUGACGGAGAAGUCCAAGAGUGCUCGGUCUGUCAGUUACAAAGUCGUCGAAAAUCCUAUUCCUCUAGAUUUUGUCAUUCUUGAAAAUAGGGAGCGUGAGACUGGAACUCUAGCAACAAUAACAACCCCAAUUCUGAAUAACUCUGUGAGUGACAAUAAGGAAAUUGAAAGUGCAGAUGCUGAUGAAGCGACUUUCCCUUUCAAGCUUCGCUGCGCUGGACGCGGCAAGAGUCAGGCUUAUACAUUCUAUGCUGAGAGCGAAAAUGAACGCAAGAAAUGGUUUACUGGAAUCCUUCAGGCAAGGUCCAAUCUUCUAAAGAAGGUGGAGCCUUUAGCCCCGUAUCGAGUUGAAGGGACAGAAUGCGCCUUUUUCGCCUACGAGUCUAAUGAUAGAAUGUUGAAGUUACCAAUUUGUCCUUCAAAUGAUCCUUUACAGAUCAAUUCGAAAGAUACGAGUGUGCUUCUAAAGCAGAGAGGGGCUAGUCCUGAUUUAUACUCUCUGAAUAAUGAUAGCAUAGUCGUCGGCAGGGUGAAAUGCUCAGAGCGAUUUCUUUACAAGGGUAUUACCUUCCACUUAAUCGGCUUAAGUGCGGGACUUUAUUGUUCGGACUUGCAAAAUCGUUGGAAAAGAAUGAUAAAUUCUACUAGUGUGACCAAGAUCACAGCACUCCCUGCUUUCAAAGUGAUUAUAGUGUUAGCCAACAAGACGUUGAAGUACUACUCUCUCCCGCAAUUUGUGGAUGUAUAUUUUGAAAGAAAAGAGACCCUUCAAUCGACCAUGCUUUCGAACGAUCAAAUACAGUUUUACGAGGUUGGUCGUCACCGAGGUGUGACCACAUUAUUCCUCGCUAAAAAGAAGAAUGCAGGUGUCACAAAUUUCAAAGUUUUCACGGUUGAGACCGACAACAAUGGCAUAUUCAGUUCCUUCUUCUUACUCAAAAGAUUUUACAUCCAAGCUGAUUGUUAUGGCUUGUCCGUGUUCAAUACAACCAUUGCUAUUCACACUCAGCGGGGGUUUGAAAUCUUAGAUCUAAAUAGGCUCCAGCCGCGAACUGUGCCAGAGCUUCCCGCUCAAGAGAGCAUCAACAAGAAGAUUGAUGUAUACAGCAGAAAGGGCACAACUCAAGGUAGCGAGCAAAUCAGGAGAAUGCUCUCUCAUAGCGGGAUCAAGCCAAUGGGGAUGUUUAAACUUAACAAUAACAAGGAGUUCUUGUUGGUGUACAACGAAUGUGCCAUUUUCGUUAACAAGUCGGGAAAGCUUUCACGGAAUAAUGUUGUGAAGUUCGACUUCAAGCCGCGUGCCACUGGAUUCCAUGAUAACGAGCUCUUCAUAGUUAACGACGAGGUGGUCGAAAUUUGGUCAAUCAGCGAUCAAGCUAAUGGCACAAACAUGCUACAUCAGGUAAUUACGGGCAAGGACAUCUCUCUCAUAAAUUCAGAAACAAGUUGCUUCGUUGCCGCAAACCCACGCAAAAUCGGGUUGCAAAUGGUGUUUUAUGUACUACCCAAAGCGCUCGCGGAAAGCGACCCCUGA